UAUACAAUUGCAACUAGCGUAAGCGAUCAUGAUCGACUGACUAAUUUAGGUGUAGUACUGAAAAAAUAUCUGCACCAACAAGAUGCUACAAAUUACGUCUAAAUAAAAUACUAAUCUAUUGUGAAAAUGUGUUGAUGGUGCUCUUGGAAACAGUAUUGUAGUGAUAAUGAAGUGAAUUUUGUGAUCUGUUUAUAGUUAUUAGAAAAAAGUGCAACUCUUACAUUGACGACAGUAAUUGCACUAAGAAAAGUCAAUUCUACAGCCGCUGAAUCAUGCCCAGAAAACUUCUGAAAUUCCUCAUUUUAUUCGACAACACGUCACUGUUGUAUUUUCCGGGUCAAUUUUUAUCCGGAAGGGUUUUACUGGAACUACAGGAAAACACGCCAGUACUAGGAUUGCACUUCCACGUGGUUGGCGAAUGUGUGGUGCGGGUACGUUCCGGUAGACAUGAGCGAUCGUACGACAAGGAAAACUACAUCGAUUUUCGCAUGCGGCUUCUGGGCGAACCGGACCAUCAAGGAGCGACCGUUCUUUCACCUGGGAUACACAGUUUUCCGUUUAAGCUGGGGCUUCCCGUCGAUCUCCCUUCCACGUUUCUUGGCCGCUACGGAUGGGUGCAAUACUUUUGCAAAGCUGCCUUGCGCGAGCCGUCCGGGCUGAUUCACAAAAAUCACCAAGUGUUCAUUGUUAUGAAUCCGAUCGACCUGAACACCGAACAAUCCUAUUUGGCGGAUCCUUUCAAGUGCAACAUUGAGCACAACCUCGGAGUUGCCUGCGUGGGUGGUGGCAUCGUAAAAUGCAAAAUAAUCCUGGACAGAGGCGGAUAUGUACCGGGGGAAUCAAUUUUGAUUAAUGCAACUGUAAACAACUCCAGCAAUGUAACAAUCAAAAGCACGAAGGCUGCAUUAACAGAGACCAUUCAAUAUUUCGCGCACGAUAAGGUGGUACAAACGGAAAAACGUGAGCUGGCGGUAAUUGCUCGUGGAAAAAUUCGAGCUGGCUGUCGGGACGAUUGGCAAAACGAAUCUCUGUAUGUUCCCCCGCUGCCUCCAACGAACCUACGCGGAUGCCAUCUCAUCCGGAUACAGUACGAUGUUUGCUUUUUGAUCGAACCGAAAUCAUUGGAGAAACAGGUUAAGCUGCAAUUGCCCAUCACACUAGGCACAUAUCCGUUUAAAACUAACGACGACGAGGACACAAACGAAUGGGCCGAAACCGUGUACAGGCCGGACACGCACUAUCCGUCAACAUUGCCAAUUUUCAGACCAUGGCUGCACGACAAAACGGAUUCUAAAUAGAAGCAACGUUCCGAGUGAUACACCUUAUUUCUAGCUAAGACAAUUUUGCAUUUUUAUAGUUUAGGCGGCGGCAUCUGCAUGGACGUGCCAUAUCCAAUUGAAAUCCAGUAUAAUAUUUGUGAGACAUCGUAUAUGUAUGUUAUGUAACGAGAAACGAUAGUUUAUUAAACGAAUAAAUGAUACUAUUUUACAAA